AUGCCCUUUCCUUUCCACCCCCCAAUCCCUGCGAUUCCCCAACUUCCCCACUUCAUACCUCUACCGUCCCCCCAUUCCUGUUCUCUCCCACCUUUCCCCCCCCUAUCCGUACUCUUUCCCCCCUCUUCCCCCGGCCCGCUCUCCCUCUCUUUCUCCCCCCUCCCCAAGGACUCCAUGGACGUGGGGGCAGUGGCCGGCCUGCGCCGAGUCAAGGCGGCAGCGCGGGCGGCGUAUCUUGUCCUUUUGCACACGUAUCACUCUCUGUUGGUCGGCGAUGCAGCAACCGAUUUCGCCCUGGAAAUGGGUCUGCCCGGCCCGGAAAACCUCUCCACCAAUCACUCUCUCGCCAUCUGGCGCCAAUGGAAGGCCGCCAGCUGUCAGCCCAACUACUGGCGCAACGUGACGCCCGAUGCCGCCCGCUCCUGCGGCCCCUACCGCCCUGCUCCAGAAGCAUCUGCUUCCGAACCACGUGGUGGUGCCACGGCCGAGCCUCAGGGGGGCGAAGCGGGUGCUGCACCUGGUGCUGGACCUGCCACCGGACCUGGUGCCAGCCCUGGUGCCGGACCUGGAUCCGGACGUGCUGCCGGACCUGCUGGUGUGUGCGUGGGGUGUGAUCCCAGCCUUGUUGGCAGGCAGCAAGGCUCUUCGAGGAGGCGAAACCGGCUGGCAUCACACGACACCAUCUCCAUGGUCGCCAUAGCACAGAACGGCAGCAUGGCAGCAGCGACAUCCACCAAUGGACUCACCUUCCACAUCCCUGGGAGGGUGGCCGAUGCACCCAUAGCAGGGGCAGGAGCAUAUGUGGACUCCAGAGUGGGGGGCUGUGGGGCAACAGGAGAUGGUGACGUCAUGAUGAGGUUCCUGCCAUG